AUGCCGCCCAAGUCCAGAUCAAAGCAAACCACACUGUUCUCCCACUUCGACCACAACCCAUCACAAGCAGGACCCUCUCGUACUCGAACCACUCGUAAUGUCAAACCACUGUUUGACAGGGCAUCGGAUAGUGAGGGGUCAGAAGGGCUGGAUCACAUCAAGUUGAACAAGGACAAGAAACCUAAGAUUGAGGAUCUACCUAUGACUCAGAAGAGGAAGCUCAGGAAGACCGUCCAAGAUUCAGAAUCUGAUUUCGACGAUCAAGAUGAAGACGAGGAAGAUUUUGAGGUAGCUGAGAUAUCUACGCCGAAGAGGAAAGGUAGAGGAGGUGGGAAGAGAAAACAUAGAGAUGAAGCUUUGGAUACCGACCCAGAUGAAGAAUUCAUCUCGUACCCUCUACAAGGAUAUAUUCACCCAAAUUAUCGAGGAACUCCCUCUCAGAAGUUUCAAAGGAGGAAUGAUAGGUUGGAAGCUGUUGAGAUCGCCCGAAAGAAGAAGAGAGAAGAGAAUUUGACGGAUGAUGAGAUUGAAGUUUUCCCUUCCCCACCUAGAAGAGGAACUAGAAAGACGCGCGAGCGAAGUACAAUCGAUUAUGAUGAGUCAGGCAAAGGGAAAGGAAAGGCGAGAGAUAUUGAGGAAGAAGAAGAGGAUGACGAUAUAAUACCCAUAUCCCCACCUACAAAGAGAGGUCGAGGUAGACCACCUAAAUCAGCUACCUCCGCUAAACCACCUUCUUCCUCUUCCACCAAACCUCUAGGAAGACCAAGACUGAAUUUGAAGAGGACGAGGAGCGAAGUGAUAGUGGAAAUUUCAAGAAUGUCACAAGAGGAAAGAAGGAGUUAUACCCCAUUAUCAAUAUCACAAUCAUCUGAAUCGAAGACCAGUUCAAACGGAAAAGGACAAGGAAAAGGGAAAGCGGGCGAAGUCCCAGAAUCAAGCUCGAGUAGAGAAAGAGGUCAGUCAAAAUUGAAUAUGCCUAUCGUCGAGAUACGAUCACGGAGAGCUUCACCAGAUCAUGGAUCAGUCUCGAACGAUUCCCUACCGCCUAUCUUGGAAGUGGAAUUGUCAGAUAAGGAUCUGGACAUACUCACUGAUAACGGGAAGGAGGAUGUGAGUAAAAGGGGAUCAACUCGCUCUAAAUCACCUAUCAAGAAAUCUUCACCUAUCAAAAGACCUUCCCCAUCGAAGCCCUCCUCAGCUUCCAGGAACAUAUCGCCUAUCCUAUCUCGCCGGCCAUCUCCCUCCCGGUCGCCUUCAUCAGAUGGCCCAGUCGCCGUUGUCCUUCCUUUCAGAAAGUUAGAUAAAGGCAAAGGCAAGCAAAAGGCUAUCUCGAGUAGUGAUAUCGGUAGCGAAGAGGAGAUUAUCAAGAAGAAGAAAUCUAAAAAACCUGCUCCACUCUCACUCAAAUCUUCGAACAAGCAUAAUAAAGCUUCAGUUCCAGCCAAGAAGGGUCGAGCGAAGCAUAAAAUUGUUGAUCCAGAUGAUGAUGAUACGGGUGCGGCAACGGAGGAAGAGGAAAAUAUGGUGGAUGAUUUGCAGAUGGAUGAGCCGGAGCGAUUCAAAUCGGCAACGAGAUUACGCGAGAGACCUAAAGAAACUGCAGCUCAACGUAAUAUAAGAAAGUUGAAGAAUAGACGUUUGGGUAUAGUAGAAUCGACGACAGAGGAUGAUUCGGAUUCUGACGAAAGUCUUCCUACGCCUACGGACGCUCGCAACAGUGGCAGGUAUAGCGACGAUGAUUUCAUCGUUGCGGACGAUUCGAUGGCCGUUCAAGUUCAGCUCCCACAUGAGUUUUCAGUCGAUUCGGCCCAGACACCAGAAUUCAAGUUCAAGGUCGUUUUUCAUUAUUUAGUCAUGUUGGUCAUGAGAGGAAAGAAGGCUUUCCCAUUAUCUUCUGAAUCGUCAGAUUACUUCGUACCUCAACUAGCUCAUUUCAGAGACAGGAUGACUGGGUAUCGACAGUUGAGAGUGAGAAGUCAAAUUUGGAGAAGUAACUUUGUCAAGGCGUUGGAAAGAUAUCCUAUUUUUGAUGUGGAAGAGCUCCUUUAUGCCGAACCCGGGUGUGAUGCGUGUCACAUGGGCGGAAGAAUGAGUCGAUUUAGAGUCACACUGGACGGAGAACCGUACAAUAAGGAGACUCAUCAACCUCUCGAUUCGUCAUCUGAAUCUGAAUCGGAAGAAUCGGAGAAUUCUGAUGUAUCGGAAGCUACUAAGAGGAAUAGGAAGAAGUCGCCUAAUUCUUUGUUGAUGGGUCGUUUCUGUAAACAGAGAGCAGAGGUGUUCCAUCAGAUGACUCAUUGGGAGGACGAGCUAUACCAUCGAAUUCGAGGAUACUAUCGUGAUCUCCUUCGAGCAAAGUACAAACCCGUCACAUCCGAUUCAGAAGCUUCUACUCCCGAGUCGGAACAAUCAUCGGAUGAAGAUCAAGCGGAAGUGAAGAAGAGGAGGGAAGAUAGGAAACAGCGUAAAAUCCGGACGGAAGCUCGGUGUGAGAAGUUGAGGAAGAAAGGGUUACCUGAGAAAUAUAAGGAUGUGGAUGCUGUGACAGAGUGGAUGGAUAAGAUGGGGUAUCAGAAUAAGGAUUUCAGGUGGAUCGAAAGGUUGAUUGAGACCAGUGGGCAGCUGGAGCAUGAUAAGAGGAAAGAUGAAUAA